GAAGAAGCCCACACACGUGACAGUGAACUGCUGGUUCUGCAAUCAGGACACGGUAGUGCCAUAUGGGAAUCGCAACUGCUGGGAUUGCCCCAACUGUGAGCAGUACAAUGGGUUCCAAGAGAAUGGAGACUACAACAAGCCCAUCCCUGCUCAGUACAUGGAACACCUUAACCAUGUUGUCUCGGGUGCUAUGACUUUCUGUGAUCCUACCAAACCACAGCAGUGGGUGAGCAGCCAAAUUCUGCUUUGCAAGAAAUGCAACAACCAUCAAACCACAAAGAUCAAACAGCUGGCUUCAUUCUCACCAAGGGAGGAGAACAAAUAUGAUGAGGAGAUUGAGGUGUACAAGCACCAUCUGGAGCAGACCUACAAGCUGUGCCGACCGUGCCAGGCUGCUGUGGAGUAUUACAUAAAACAUCAGAACCGGCAGCUCCGGGCGCUGCUGCUCAGCCACCACUUCAAACGCCGUGAGACAGACAAGACCUAUAGUCAGAAUUUAUGUUCCUCCACCUCUUCUGCUUCCAUAACCACACCAGCUCAGGUGAUACUUCUGCGGUUCUUGGCCUUCCUCAGCUGUGCAUUCCUGGUUCUGAUGGCCUUGUAUGGGUCAGGCGACCCCUUCUCACUCAGCACAGCACUCCCUGCUCCCGUCUCCUCUGGUCCAGCACCCGCUCCGAACAGGACUGGCACAAGCUCGCAUGGAGACUUGGAAAAUGACUCUUCUGUGACGGUGGCCCGCUGGCGGGAGCUGCUCCGCCUGCUUCCAGAACAUACAGUGGAGAACCUGAGGGCAGCCUGGGCUUACGGGAAGAACCACCAGAUUGCAGUUGCUGUCCUUGGGCUCUUCACCUGCCUGCUGGCCAUGUUCUUAGCCGGGCGGAUCAGGCUCCGGAGAAUUGAUGCGUUUGCUUCAGUCUUGUGGUUCGUAGUGAUGAGUCUGCAUUUAGCUGAGAGGUACCUGAAGGCAGAAACACCCAGCUGGCUGGACACAGCCAAAUUUGGCACCACAUCCUUGUGCUGCUUGGUGGGCUUCACCGCAGCAGUGGCCACGCGGAAGUCAACGGGCCAUCGGAGAUACCGGCCCCGAAGGUACCUUUCUGGGGAUUCCAUCACUCUCUUCCCCAGUGGCACUGGGACUGGCUUCACUUCCCCUGCUACAUCUCUCUUUGUCCCAACACCACCCAGUAUUCUCCAGCUGACAAACCAACAGCUCUUCAGGUCCCCACGCAGAGCUUCUCCUUCCUCUCUUCCUGGUCGUCUCAACAGGGCACUCUCACUGGGUACCAUCCCCUCCUUGGCCAGAGCAGAUUCUGGCUACUUGUUCAGUGGAAGUCGCCCAGCCUCACAGUCAUCUCAGUCUAAGGAAUCUCCUACAUCAGAGCACUUCGUGCUGCCAGGCAGCUGUGCUCCCUCCCGCAUCCCUUCCCCAGCACCCUCGGUGGCUGGCUCUGUGACCUCCAGCUCGGGUUCCCUGCGGUACCGCCGGCCACUCAUCAGCCCUGCCCGCCUGAACCUGAAAGGACAGAGGCUGCUGCUCUUCCCAUCUCAGAAUGAAGCUCAGCUCACUCCAUCUAGCUCAGAGGAGCACACCCACUCAGACAGCAACGUCUUUGCCACUGAGCUGCCCUCCUUUCCAAAGAAGAACCUCAGUGAGGAUACUACUGCCACUGUCUAUGUGAGAUCUGCUGCGGAAGGAGGGAGUAUUUGCAGUGAUAAUUCCAUCAAAAAGGAGGAUCACUCAUCACACUCAUCUACCUGUGUGGUCGACACAACUACCAAAGGGGAGGAUUUGGCAGGCUGGAGAGGUCAUUUUGGUAACUCUGCUCUCCGAGGCCUGCUGGCCCUGAGUCUGACUCUCAACGCUAUCUUCACAUCAGCCUACGUCUACCGGAGCCUGCGCUGA